AACUGGAAGAGGUGCAUUUUCACAGUCUGCUCAGAGACCUCAGCUUAAGGUUCCAGAAAACAUGCACUCCAUUCAGUUACUGUGUUCUCUCCUCCUCUGCAAUGCCCUGGUGGUAGCUGCCCAGAGAAAACUACAGAAGGACCCUGAGCAGGAGGAGCAGGAGGAGGAGGAGAACGUCAUGCGGAUAAGGAUGCCUCAAACUCUCUCCCGAGGAUGGGGUGAUGAAAUUGAAUGGGUUCAGACAUAUGAAGAAGCUUUAACUAGAUCAAGAAACAGCAAGAAACCUCUGAUGGUCAUCCACCACUUAGAAGAAUGCCCUUAUAGCCAAGCUUUAAAGAAAGCUUUUGUUUCCAGCCCAGAGAUCCAAAAAAUGGCUCAAGAGGAUUUUAUUAUGCUUAACCUGGUGCAUUCGAGCACAGAUGACAACAUGGCCCCCGAUGGCCACUAUGUCCCUAGGAUCCUCUUUGUUGAUCCCUCUAUGACAGUUCGAGCCGAUCUGACAGGAAAGUAUAAGAACAGAAUGUAUGCAUAUGAACCAGAAGAUAUUUCAAACUUGAUUGAAAACAUGAGACGAGCAAAGACACUUCUCCAUACAGAACUAUGAACAAUGGGCCUGACCAGAUCUACACAUGCCAGGGAAGCGGACGGACUGUACAGCAAAAGGGCUCGACAACCCUGAUAGUGCAGAAAACAUGAAAAUAUAAAUCUGGAAGUUUAGUGGCAUUAGUGCAUUUUCAAAAUGUUCUGUACAUAGUGGCUAAUAUAGAGGAAGUGGUGGGACUGAGGGAUUAGACUAGAAUACAUUCAAUCUUCUCUGAAAUAACUCUAUGGCAAAGUCAUACUUAUGUGAACCCUGUGUGCUAUAUGGGGAACAUCUUAACAGUCCACUUCUUUCUUGUAAGUAACUGUUUAUUUAGGAAGUUAGCAGGUUUACAAAUCACUAGACAAGCAUCAGGAUUAUGUUUUUACUCAUGUUUACAAGCUAAUGUCUUUCAAACUUAAUAUUUAAAAAAGUGUCAAAUGCAAUGUUUUUUGGGGGCCAGUUUACUUUAAUUAUUGAAUAAAUGGUAACAAAUAUCUAAGUAUCCAUUUCUGCUCUGUAUUUUGCAGGGUAUAUAUUUCCAUAAUUUUUUCUCAAACAUAAACCUAUAUUUUAACCAUUUAUCUCUAAUUAUGGGCUAUUGGUUUUUUCUUCCCAUGACAAGCUGCUAACAAAUCU